GUUUGAUCUUUUUCUCGAACCUUCUUAUCAUUUUCAUUUCUCUUUUGCUUUGAAGGUAAUAAUGGGCAGGAGAAUCAUGAUUCCUGUGAACAGUUCCAAGUGAUCAAUGCUAAAGAUGGAAUGCAGAAGUUCGGAAUUCAAAUGGAAUUACAAACCCAUGACAGAAACCAGUCAAAUGAUUGGAAUCAGGAAAGCUCAUCUUCCACUGAUGCUCCAAUGCAAGAUUUUCUUGCCCAACAGGAGAAACCAUAUAAUUUCCUUACAACUCAAAAAGUGAUUGACAAAAAAGAGAAGCUUUAUAAAUGUUUGGAAUGUGGAAAAUGUUUUAGAACAAGCAGGCAACUUACUUCCCAUGAAAGGAUUCACACUGGGGAGAAGCUAUUCAAAUGCAGAGUGUGUGGUAACACGUUCAGAACAUAUGGUAAUCUUAUUUUCCAUAAAAGGAUCCACUCAGGUGAUAAACCAUAUAAAUGCAUGGAGUGUGGAAAGACCUUUGCUCAUAGCCAUUAUCUUGCUUCCCAUAAAAAGAUCCACACAGGAGAAAAGCCGUAUAAAUGCAUGGAGUGUGGAAAGGCCUUUACAUAUAGUAAUGGACUUACUAUCCACAAAAUGAUCCACGGAGGGAAAAAGCCAUUUAAAUGCCUGGAGUGUGGAAAGACCUUUGCUCGACAAAAUCAUCUUAUUUCACAUAAGAUGACCCACACAGGAGAGAAGCCCUAUAAAUGUGUGGAUUGUGGGAAGACCUUUGUUCGAAGAGAUAAUCUUAUUUCCCAUAAGAUCAUCCACACAGGGGGGAAGCCGUAUAAAUGCAUGCAGUGUGGGAAAACCUUUACUUAUAGCAGUGGUCUUAGUGUCCACAAAAAGCUCCACACAGGAGACAAACCAUAUAAAUGCAUGGANGGG